ACGUGGAAGAAGGCUGUUGAAGAGUACUUGAAUUAUCGAAUGAACAAAAUAUUCACAGCCAUCCAACGUUUUGGCUGAAUGUGCUUGAAUGCUUUUGGGAACGCCUUCAUGGAGUGAGAAAAAAAAUAAAGAAAGAAAAAAGACGCGUACAAGAGAAAACGGUCAACAAGACGCGUAUAGGAAUCAGUUAGAGUUAAGAGUCGUGUUAGUGAAGACUCAGAGAUAAAGAGGGAAUAUUAACGAAAGUUGAAAUAAAGAAGUUACACGAAAAGCUUUGGAUAAAAAACGAUUUGGCAAUAGUGACAAGUGGUAACAAUGACAACAACGCUACCUGACUCAGGCACGCGGUAGUUGUGUCAGUUGAUUCUACGUGGUGAGACGAGUUUACGAUAAGUAAUAGAACAAUUAUUUAGUUUAUCAAACAAAGGCUGCAUGAAAAAGUGAAAUAUUGCAUAUUUUGAGCACCAACGACUUUAAUAAGAUAAUAAUUUUAUUAAAUACAAAACAAAUGUGAUAUGGUAUAUUAUACAUAAAAAAUAUAAAAAUGGAUGAAUUACAUCAACACAUUCUUAGAAAGUUGCGGGAAGAUAUAAUUCAUGACAUGGAUGUGCAUAAUGGUAUUAUAAAACUAUUAAAGUCUGAAUACAUAUUAACAGAGCAGCAAAUAGCACAAAUUGAAAAUGGUGCAUCCAAGCAGCAACAAGCAGGAAUUUUAUUGGAUAUACUUCCAAGUUGUGGCCCAUACGCAUUUGAUGCUUUUCGACAAGCUUUGAGCCACCAUUAUGAAUGGUUGAGUGAAUAUAUGAAUAAACUUGAGGAUUGUGGGAAAUCAUUUUGCUACACAAAUCACACAGAUACACCCACUCUUCCUCCAAUUUCGCCAUUAAUUGUUGUGAGAGAGAAAAAGAUGAAACAGUUACAACAUUAUUUGGAACGAUUACAACCAAAUGAAUAUAUUGUACUACAUGGUAUAAAAGGUUUUGGUAAAUCAUCUUUGACAGCUAGUGCAUUAAAGGAUUAUAAAUGUAUAAAAAGUAUAUUUUAUAAUGAAGUAUAUUGGAUCAAAUUUGGAUAUGAACGUUCGGUCGAAGAAGAUAUAUUAAUUCAACUUAACAAACUUUAUCAUCUUGUUAAAAAUUUAGAGAUAUUGCCAGAAUCAUACAAACCAGAAUUUUUAAAAGACUCAUUGAUUCAUUUCUUGCAAAAUUACUUUAGUAAAGGAAAGCAUUGUGAUGCUCUGUUAAUUUUGGAUGAUGUUUGUCAUAAAAAAAUAAUUGAAACAUUUGAUUUUGAAUGUAAAACAUUAGUGAUUACAGCCGAUCUUGAUGUUGUGUGGGAAAAAAGACCAGUUGUCAUAGAAAUGAAUGAUGGAUUUACUGAGGCAGAAACUUUAGGUUUAUUCGCUAAAGUAUUAGAAACGGAAGUAGAAAAACUUCCUUUAGAAGCAAAACGAAUUCAUGAAGAAUGUAAAGGGAUGCCUUUGUUAAUAGCAAUGUUUUCUGCACAAUUUGAGGAAUUUAAACAUGAUAUGAAAUUGCAUUCAAAUAGAUGGAAAUAUUACUUGAAUUCAUUAAGGAAUAAGGAUGAAAAGAAUCAAGUAAUUAAAAGAUUCUGGGAAAAGCAAGAAGCCAUUUUUAAUAUGUGCAUAAAUCAGUUACCUUCUGAUAUGAAAAAACGUUAUGAAGAAUUAGUUAUUUUUAGAGAGGAUGUUAAUAUAACGCCAAAGACAAUAGAAAUUCUGUGGGAAGGAUGUCCAUUUCAAGUUGAAGAAAUGAUGCUUGAUUUAUGUCAUAAAUCACUUGCAGCAAAACAGUGGAAUAGUGAAUUACGUAGUUACGUUUACGGUGUUCAUGAUUUAUUACUUUGCCACCUUCGAAAAAAAUUUUCACAAGAUGAAUUAAUUCAAAUGCACAGAUCAUUGAUUGAAAAAUAUCGUAAAUAUUGUAAUGGUAACUUUUCGAAAUUACCAGCAGAUAAUUACAUUUAUUCAUAUAUUGGAUAUCAUUUGGAGCAAGCACAAUUGUAUGACGAAUUCCCGAAUAUAUAUUUAGAUUUUGAUUUCAUUCAGGAAGCGAUAAUUCAUAGUGGCUUAAAUAAUUUAUUGAUCGACUUAAACAAUUAUAGAAAAUAUAUUACCAAAAAUAAUGAUCAAGUAUAUGAAAUGCAUUUUGCAGACUUGGAAAAAUUUUUAGAAGAACAAUCAAGCAUUAUAGCAGAACAUAGACGUAAAAAGUGUUUGGAUAUAGUACAAAUUGCUAUGAAUCAUCCUUAUGAGGGAUAUGUUAAAGAUACUGCUAUUCAACUUGCAAAAAAAAGAUCUAAAUACCUGUAUAUAUUUCAUGACAAAAAAUUAAGGCAGAUGGAUAUGCCAUCGAGCGAAGAAAUGACAACAGAAGUCCACGCGUUAUGUUUUACACAUGACCCACAUCAAAUUUUAAUUGGAAACGGAACUGGUGAAAUAUUUUUAUGGGAUAGCUUUUACAAAAGACAAAGAGUUUUUACUGGACAUGACAAGAGUUGUUGUAUAAGAAAGAUUAUUAUAUCUAACGAAGGAGAUUGUUUUUUAUCGCUAGAUGAUCAUGGUAUAGUAAAGCUUUUCAAACUUUUUAUUGAUGAAAAUUAUGAAGAAAAAAAUAUUCCAUUAAGUCCAAGACAAAAGCAAUCCUUUUGGAGUGGAAUUUUCACAAGUAAAAUUCCACAUGAUGAUAGUUCAGUAAUGUUUUCUGUUCCUGAUGAAAUUAUACUGGACAUGACAUUUGCACAUGAUAGUAGUUCUGUUGCAGCUUGUACAAACAAAGGAACAAUAAGGAUUUGGGAUCGCUAUGGACAUAUAUUAUCAAAUCAUAGUCAUACUUCUCAAAUUGAUCUUAAAAAUAUAGUAUUUACAAUGGGAAGCAAUCUGCUGCACAUAAUGGAUGAAAAAAAUGGUGUUCUAGUAUCAUAUUGUAAAUGUGGCAAACAAUAUAAAUAUAUCACUCAAUACAAUCCAGACCUACAAGAAAGGAACAUUAUCUUCUUCCGCAGUGUGCCAGGACAAAAUAAUUCUUUAUUCAUUGUCACUGAAGAAAAAGCUGUAUAUGUAAAAUGGUUUAGAUCAAGUAAUAACCACAUGCAUAGUUAUAGUAAGCAAAUAAGAGCAAGCAUUGAAAAUAGAAAAACUAAUUAUGUUUGUGCCAGUUUAACUAAUGAUGGUCAGUACAUAGUUUUGGCUGAUUCUGGUGGUUUUAUAAAUAUAUGGAAUAUAGACGUUGGGGUUCAACCAAUAGCUACUUAUAAGAGUCGUGUCUCAUCCUUGGAUACAUAUUGGCUAAAAGAAGAAGGACAUCAUAUUAUUUGUGGCAGUGAAAACCGAUUACUGCAUAAAUGGGAACUUCCAGUGGAAGGAACUUGUAUUUUAAUAAAAAAACCUUUAUUUGAUGCAAAAGUACAGAAUUGCGAUGGUGUUUCAGACAUCAUUGUUACUGAAACGUUUUCAAAUACUAUUGUUGCAUUAGUCAAUGAUAAGAAAAUAGCAGAAACUGAACCAAUUAAUGGAAAAAUAAACAAUUUAAUUCUUCACGGAGAGAAAAUAAUUUAUGUCACUGAUAAUGGCACUGUCAACAUAUUUGAUUUAGAAAGCAAAAAAAAUAUAUGUGUGUUGAACUUCCCAUCUAAUGUGGAGUUAGUCAAAAUUUUAGACGUAAAAAGAGAUCACAGUAAUAAUAUACUCGUCUGUAGAGGAACAGAUAAUAACUUAAAAGUGUGGGAAAAUAUAAAACUAACAUAUUUAAUUGAAAAUGCAGGUUAUGUUAUUGCAAUUCAUAAGCUCGAUCAAGAGAGCGUAGCAACAGUAACGAAGAAUGGUAUAAUUACAAUUUGGAAUAUUAAUAGUACAAAUUGGUUACGAGUAGACAGAGUAACAGUGGGAAAUUCAGACAUAAUUAGUAGUUAUAGUUGUUUAAGUUACCACAGAAGCUUCCUAGCUGUAUUAAAUGAAAAUGGGGAUGUCGUUUUAUAUAAAUUACAAAAGAAUACAAUAUCACUGCCAGCAUAUAUCAAAAUAAUGGAAUAUUUUAGAAAAAGAUAUACCCAAAAAUUAUCGUGUUGUGAAAUUUCUCAAGAUGAAAAAUAUUUAGCUAUAGGUUUCGAAGACGGAGAUAUUUCUGUAAUUGAUAUAUCAAACUUGGAUGAAAUAAAUAAAUUGUGCUUUCAUAUGAGUUCCGUUACUCAAUUAUGUUGGGCCCCGUCUGCAAUUAAGGUUCCAAUUUUGCUCUCUGUCAGUUCAGAUGAGUUAGUUUGGUGGAACGUUACUUUACGUUUCUAUCCACAUAAACAGAAAUGGCCAUCAGUACGAAUGAACCGCAGCAUCAGUACUCCUUCCGUUAGUAUAGAAGAAAGUAUUUCUCCAUAUAUGACUCCUAGUCAAAGCAUAGACUCGUGUAUCCGCAAUAUACAAAAUCAAGUAGAAAGUGAGAUAGAUAAAGUAAUUAAGUUCUGGAAAUCCAAAGAGAGUAAAUAUCCCAAGAAGCCAACACUACUAGCUGUUGUUGAGUUACCUUCAAAUUUUUUCGCUAAAAUAUGCAUAUCUGCCGAUUUUACAAAAUUUGUCACAGUUGAUAUGUAUGGUUCUAUUAGUACUUUUACAUUAUGUGGGUAUGAUUAAUGAUAAUUUUUUUAAUUCAAUAUUUUUAUAAUAUUAAGUUUACCUAAAAAGAAUUUUUAAUUAAUCUCUUAAACUAUAUAUAAAUAUAAAAAUAUUACUUGCAUGCAAGUAAAAAUUCGAUAUAAGCUCAAUGCAUUGAGUUUUAUGAACGAGUGAUAUAACUUAUAUUGAAGUAAGGCAUAUUUACAGGAAAUAAGAAUUUGAACUGGUAAUUAUAAUUGCGAUUACGUUAAAUUUUUAUUACGGUAUACAAUUUAAUUGACUAAUGCAAAUAAGGAAACAUGUAUACUGUUUAACCAUGUUUCCUAAUAUCACCACUGCCAUUUGCAUUUAUCAGAAAAUUAUAAGAUCUCUUAUUUACAAUUAUACAAACAAUAAUUCCAAUAGUUUUGACUGCACUUUUUAUACUGAAUUUAUAGAAAAUACAAUUUUGUGGAUAGAUUUUUAAAAUAUCCAUAUACUUCGAGCCAUACACUGUAGACUCAAAUUGCUAUACAUAGUUUAUAAAUUUUAUUUUGCUUAUUCUUUGUACAAAUAGUCCUUUUUGUAUACUUUAGACAAUUAUACUCUAGUUUAAUUCGUAAAAUACACACAUAGCAUAAUUUAUACAUAAGUAUUAUUACAAUAUGAAAUAUAUU